GUUUGUAAUCAUCAUCGUGUAUGACUUUAAAAAGUGCCCUUUCCGCCCUUUCAAUUUUCAUUGACACAAAGUUCCCUCGCAUUUGUAGCUCUGUCAUCGGGUGGAAGCUGAGAGAGGCAGAUGAAAGGAAGGAAAGAGAGGAAAAUACUAGCUUUCACGGGAGUCGCCGCUCUCGUUGCAGUCGCUCUGAAUCUCAUCAUUACCACAGUUAACUCCCAGAAAAAGAGAAAAAAGAAAGAUCUUCCAAGCUCAAAUGUGCUUGUCAACCUCUCGGCAUCCGAAAUUCUCAAAUUAGCCGAUCAUAUCAUUGCCAAGUCGAAGGAGGUUCAUGAUGCAGUUGCUUCGGUUCCCCUCGACAAGGUCACAUAUAUGAAUGUUCUUUCACCAUUGGCUGAACUAGAGGCUCAACAAUUUCCAUUGGUGCAGUCCUGUGUUUUUCAAAAGAUGGUAUCUGUUUCAGAGGAUGUACGCAAAGCUGGUGCUGAAGCAGAGAGGAGAAUAGAUGCUCACAAUCUGGCAUGCAGCAAGCGCGAAGAUGUCUACCGUGUUCUCAAGGCUUUUGCUGCAAGAGGGGAAUGGACAAAUGCUGAAGCCAAACGAUAUAUGCAGUGUUUGCUUAGGGAUUUUGAGCGGAAUGGAUUGAACCUUACUUUAAGCAAGAGAGAGGAAGCACAGCGUUUGAGAACUCAAAUAGAUGAGCUGAGUAUGCGAUAUAUCCAAAAUCUGAAUGAUGAUAGUAGUUUUCUUCUCUUCGAUGAGACUGAACUGCUUGGGCUGCCAUCAGAUUUUAUCAAGAGCUUAGACAAAGCUGAAAAUGGUAAAUUAAAGGUUGUCCUUAGAAGUCAUCACGUUUCUCCUGUAUUGGAGUACUGCAAGGUAGGAACUACCAGGAAGAUGGUAGCUGUGGCAUAUGGGCAGAGAUGUUCUGAAACUAAUCUUCCUAUCCUGGAAAAUCUGGUCCAUUUACGGCAUAAGCUUGCUCGGUUGCUUGGCUAUUUGAACUAUGCUGAUUAUGCCGUAGAGCCUAGAAUGGCAAAGAUGUCUUCCAAGGUGUUUGAGUUCCUAGAGGAAAUCUCUGUUAAUUUAACUGACUUGGCUUCAAAAGAACUUGCAACACUUAAAGAUUUGAAGAAGAAAGAGGAAGGUGAAUCUCUGUUUGGGGUUGAAGAUCUUUUGUACUACAUGAAAAGGGUAGAAGAACAAAAGCUUGAUCUAGACUUGGGAGCUGUUAAGCAAUACUUUCCUGUCACUGUGGUUCUCUCUGGGGUUUUCAAAAUAUUCCAAGACCUUUUUGGCUUAAGGUUCGAGGAAAUCAUAGAUGCUGAGGUUUGGCAUGGUGAUGUUCGCCUAUUUUCAGUUCUGGAUUUUAGUUCCAGUGAACUCUUGGGUUAUUUUUACCUGGAUAUGUAUUCCAGGGAAGGAAAAUAUGGUCACACCUGUGUCAUGGCUCUUCAAAAUGGUUCAUUAUCACAAAAUGGUUCACGGCAGAUCCCAGUGGCGUUAUUUGUUUCUCAAUUCCAAAAGGAAACUGAGGGAAGUCCUGGGUUGUUGCGGUUCUCAGAAGUGGUUAAUCUUUUCCAUGAGUUUGGCCAUGUGGUCCACCAUAUUUGCAAUCGUGCAUCAUUUGCUAGAUUCUCCGGGCUUCGUGUUGAUCCAGACUUUGUGGAAAUUCCUGGUCAACUGCUAGAGAAUUGGUGUUAUGAAAGCUUCUCUCUCAAAUUGAUGUCCGGCUUCCAUCAGGAUAUCACAAAGCCUAUCCCAGAUGAAAUGUGUAAAUUGCUAAAAAGAAGGAGGGACUUCUUUUCUGCACUUAAAUUGAAGCAAGAAAUUCUUCUUUGUCUUUUUGAUCAGAUUAUACAUUGCACUGAAAACGUUGACACAGUGGAAUUAUUCAAGCACCUUCAUUUAAAGGUGAUGCUAGGAUUGCCAAUGUUAGAGGGAAUCAAUCCAGCCUCAUGUUUUCCACGCUUUGCCAUUGGUUAUGAAGCUGCUUGCUACAGUCGCAUCUGGAGUGAGGCUUUUGCAGCUGAUAUAUUUGCCUCAAAGUUCCAAGAUGAUAUUUUGAACCAGUAUGUAGGUGCUCAGUUCCGAAACAAGAUUUUGCAGGUGUUGGCCCCAGGUGGAGUUAAAGACCCCGUUGAGAUUCUGGCUCACUUUCUAGGAAGGGACCCGUCCAUUCAACCCUAUAUUGAGAGAAAAACUAGAAAUAGUUUGUGGUAGGGUUUCGGUAUUUUCCUGGCAACCACGCUGGCUGUAAGCAAAAUUUUGUAGCAUCUUUGUCCUCUUUUGAUUUUAUUAGCAAUAAGCCCUGCAAGAGAGCCUACCUCUCCUGUAAAUUUUUACAAUUUAGCUAUUUAUUUAAUUAUUUAUUUCUUUGCCUUUUCCUGAAUAAGCUAUUAAGUAGGUUGUGAAAUGUGAACUCUUGACCAAAAAAAGGAUUCCUAAAUUGGCUGAAACUGAA